AUGACCACAAGCAAAGGCUUACAUACAUCCAUCUGCUUCAUUCAUCACGAGUUCUGCUACGGUGCACAUCUUAACGCACGUAAGGGCGGGUUAAUUGGGCUGGCGGGUGUGGCCAUUGCUUUGGACGAGAAGAUCAGUGACUAUGUUGCUGACUUAAUGCUUCCUAUGAUGGGGUGUCUGAGCGAUCCGGAUUCUCGUGUGCGAUAUUACGCCUGUGAAGCCCUAUACAACGUGGCCAAAGUUGGGCGUGGCGGGAUUCUCCCGUUUUUUAAUGAGACCUUCGACAAACUGUGCAAGCUCAGCGCAGAUUCGGACGCUAACGUACGCAACGGAGCGGAUCUAUUGGACCGUCUGGUCAAAGACAUAGUGCUGGAGACCACGGCCUUUGAUGUGCGAGCCUUCAUUCCGUUGCUGAAAGAGCGCGUGUACGUGGUUAACCCGUGUGCGCGACAGUUCAUCGUCUCCUGGAUACAAGCGCUG